UUGAGAAUAAAGUCCCCAAGUAACCAUGCGAGCCAUGUCAGCCACCUUCCGUUAACUACUUGCAGGCCGUUGUUAGGAUGCUACGCCACUGGCCCGCCUCUCUCGCCAAAGAAAGCUUGCCCCCGCGCCAAGGAGGUUGAGCACCCUGAUGGCCCUUCAGCUCUUGUUUUCGCUCUCCUUUCGCUCUGGCACACGGUGCGGGGAGGGCGGCCGUUUUGACCGAAAGGUUCACCGUGGCGUUGAUGAGAACCUCUGUGUCUGCAUGUCGGAAAUCGAUAGUUCCAGCACCACCACCACCACCAUGUGUCACCGUGCCCACCGCAGGAUGCCGGGGUCGAGAACCACGCGGGGGUAGGGUUGGUGGCGUGCCCAGUGGUGCCCGAGUUUGCCCACAUUUAACCACGGCCUCGCCUCCUGCAGUGCUCCCACCGAUGCAGGUCCACGCAGCUUCUUCCUCGAAUCACUUGGACGGUCGAACCCAUCUUGCAGAGAUGGCGCCCGUGGGAUACCCCUCGUUUCUCCUCGUCCUGCUCCAGGCAUGGCGUGCCGUGGGCUUGCCCCAGGCUAUCACAGCUCGUGCCGAGUCGAGUUGUUUCCCAACCACGACAACGGUCUAUGGCAUCCCCACCGCCAUCACCGACUUCGGCUCCUUCGUGUCGUCGAUGAAUGGCCAGUACUCGACUUCAGGAGUGCCUUUCUCCGGAACGAGGGUCCCGUUCUUCACCUCGGUCGUCGAGGUGUCUCCCGGAAAGUUGUACACGGGUUACGGGUACUACGACUCGGAAGCGCUCAAGAGUGCGGGCUAUAGCAUCGUCACUUCAGUCGUCACCACCACCACGUGCCUGACCACGUCCGCAUCGCCGACCCUGCCCCCAUCUCCAACCGGUUCUCUGUGCAGCCCGCACGGUGACCACUGGCACUGCGAGCCGUACCCGUCAAGCACCCAGCCCCCAGACGCCGGGGAGUGCGAGCCCCAUGGCGACCACUGGCACUGUCCUCCGGGUGUCCCUGAACCCACCACCCCUCCUCCGGUCGACACGACAACCACCUCGCCGCCGCCGGCUGGUGAAUGUGAACCUCACGGUGACCACUGGCAUUGCCCGCCGGGUGUCCCUGAGCCCACCACCCCUCCUCCGGUCGACACGCCCACCACCUCACCGCCUCCGGCCGGCGAGUGCGAGCCUCAUGGCGACCAUUGGCACUGCCCCCCUGGUGUCCCAGAGCCCACUACUCCGCCGCCCAGCCCCUCGGCCGAGCCCACAAACCCGCCGGCCGAGGGCGAAUGUGAGCCACACGGUGACCACUGGCACUGCCCGCCCGGCGUGCCUGAGCCCACCACGCCCCCCGGUUCUACGCCCACCGACACACCCGGCGAUGAUGACAGCGGUGAAUGCGAGCCGCACGGCGACCACUGGCACUGUCCCGACGGCAUCCCCGAGCCGACCACGCCGCCGCCUGGCGGCACAGUGCCCUCGCCCACUCGCUCGUCGACGGCGUCGUCGGCUGUCGUGACGGCUGGUGUGGGACGGGUCGGCGUGCCUGGGGCUCUCGGGUGGGCUGGUUUGGUGGUUGGGGGGUUGGGGAUGCUGGUUGUGCUUUAGGGCUUUGGGCUUUGGGCUUUGGGGGUUGGGUGCGUGCUGGUUGGAUGUAUGUACCGCCUCGUAGAGGUGGGAGGGCCUUAACCUGUUUCAGUUUGGAGUGUGUUGCGCUUUGUGGCCGCUUUUUGGUAAUUGGUGGUGGGCCGGGAUGGGUAUGUACGUAUGUAAAGAAGCCGAUGUGGUUCGCUCCGGAAGCGGAUUUGGUGGGAUGGUUAAACUUA